CGCUACCGCGCCAACGGUCAAUACAGAAAAAAAAAAGAAACAAUGGAACCCAACGUGUGGAUGUGGAUAGGCGUCGCCGUCGCUGUCAUGCUCGCCGCUUUCAUAAUCCCGGUACUGACCUACAUGAUCAAACGACACAUCGCCCACCGUGACAUGCCAAAUCGUAAGAAUUGGACCUACUGGUGUUGCUACCCCAGCCUGUAUGAAGAAGAUGAUAUUUCCGUGCACGGGUACGAUAGUACUCGUCGCGGUGCCGAUGACAACAACAACAACCGCGGUGGCCGCCGUUCUUCCCUCAACAGCGUCCAAUCGUCGUCUUCGGCGACCCAGGCACCACUACCCCCGCCACUGCACUACCUCAGCCAGCAGGACUCGAACAACGCCUGGGUCAGCCCCGCAGCCAGGGUCAGGGCUGCUCUCACUACUAGCACUAGCGGGUCCACUUCCGCUGCUAGUAGUAGUGGCGACAUCGUCAAUGAUGGUGGUUCCGAGCCGGAGAUCCCCCGGAGCGUCCAUCUCCCCACCACGGGCCGGCCGGAGGACAUCCCUGGCCACACUCCCUAUUACCCCCGGGGGCCGGGAAGGGUACGUCCCCUACCGGAUUCCGAUCUGCCCUAGACAGAUCGACCAACAACAGCC